AUGGAGCAAUGUGGUUUCAGCCAUCAGAUCAAACUUAAAGUUUUCAGAACUGUGGUGCUGUCCAACCUCCUCCCUGGCUUCCACUGCUACAAGGAAGCUAGUUCUGAACCAAUGAGAGAACUUGCAGGCGGGACUUUGCAAAGAGCUCACAAUUUGCAGGUCAUUAAGAUCUCCCAUUACAGUGCAAGGACCCAUUUCUCUAGAUUCUUUAAGGGUCAGGCAUCCCGGGACACUUCAGAGAGAGGGAGUUAUCUGUCAACCAAGAUCAUAACCCAACUGCAUGAGAUCCUCAAGAGUCAGGAUGUGUUGGUGGCUGAGGAGAAUGUGGACUUCCGGAUACACGUGGAAAACCAGACUCGAGCGAGAGACGAUGUGAGCAGGAAGCAGUUGCGGCUCUACCAGCUAUACAGCAGGACAAGCGGGAAGCACAUCCAGGUCCUGGGCAGGAGGAUCAGUGCCAAAGGGGAGGACGGGGACAAAUAUGCCCAGCUUCUAGUGGAAACAGACACAUUUGGCAGUCAAGUCCGGAUCAAAGGCAAAGAGACAGACUUUUACCUUUGCAUGAACAGGAAAGGCAAGCUCGUGGGGAAGCCCGACGGCACCAGCAAAGAGUGUGUCUUCAUCGAAAAGGUGCUGGAGAACAACUACACGGCCCUGAUGUCAGCCAAGUACUCUGGGUGGUACGUGGGCUUCACUAAGAAAGGGCGGCCCCGUAAGGGCCCCAAGACCCGCGAGAACCAGCAGGACGUACACUUCAUGAAGAGGUACCCCAAGGGGCAGGUGGAACUGCAGAAACCCUUCAAGUACACCACGGUGACCAAGAGGACUAAACGCAUACGACCCACCAACCCCAGUUAGGAAGGGAGACUCAAACCACAGAGACCGGAAUUAUGUCCCAACGAGAAACCACAAAGAACUGCAUCAGAGGAAUAUUUUUACAUUAAAAAUAAGGAAGAAGCUCUA